GAUUGAAUUGCCAGGGUCUCUGCUAGUGAAUUCAGUUCUCACCUGCAACUGUGUGUGCUCUCUCUCUCCUCUCUGUCUGUCUCUCUGUCUCUCCCUCUCUCUCUCUCUCUCUGCAUCCAUACUGCAUUAUGCUGUAGGCCUGGGAGCCAGACGAACGAUGGAAAAAUAUUCCGAUCCCUACCAUCAUUCGAUGAGAACUGUGGCUUUGAUCCAUCCCAGUUUCCCGUUACGUUCUAAGGUGAGUAAGAAAAUGUAGUAGGAAGGAAGCGGAGAAGAGAAGCCUCGAGCCUUGGAAAGGAGUGGGUUCCUCUCCUCCCAGGAUUUCAUCCUCCCAGUUACCCAAUCGCACAAUGUCAAAGAAGGGAACCGGCGGUCGAGGAAAGGGAGAGAAGCUGGAUGCCUUAUCUGCCUUGCAGGCCGCCAAUGAAGAACUCAGGGCCAAACUCACCGACAUCCAAAUAGAACUGCAGCAAGAAAAGAGUAAGGCCAGCAAGGUGGAGCGGGAGAAGAACCAGGAAAUCAAGCAAGUCAAAGAGCACGAGCAGCACAAAAACAUAGUCCUGGUGACUGAGCUGAAGACGAAACUUCACGAGGAGAAGAUGAAGGAGCUUCAGGCUGUCCGGGAAAACCUUCUGAGGCAACACGAGGCGGAGCUUCUGCGAGUCAUCAAAAUUAAAGACAACGAGAAUCAGCGACUCCAGGCCCUCCUCAAUGCCCUGAGGGAUGGAGCCCCGGAGAAGGUCAAAACGGUGCUCUUUACCGAAGCUAAAGAAGAAGCCAAGAGAGGGUUCGAGUUUGAGAAGAUUAAAAUGCAGCAGGAGAUUUCGGAGCUCAAGGGGGCCAAGAAGCAAGUGGAAGAAGCUUUGACUAUCGUCAUCCAAGCGGAUAAAAUCAAAGCGGCGGAGAUCAGAAGUGUAUAUCACCUUCAUCAAGAGGAGAUCACCCGGAUCAAGAGAGAGUGCGAAAGAGAAAUUCGUCGGCUGAUGGAGGAGAUCAAAUUUAAAGACAGAACAGUCUUCGUGCUGGAAAGAGAGUUAGGGGUUCAAGUCGGGCAUGCUCAGAGACUCCAGCUUCAAAAGGAGGCUUUAGAUGAACAACUAUCCCAGGUCAAAGAGUCUGAUCGGCUUCUAAGCAGCCCCAAAAGGGAACUUCCUUAUCCGGGUGCUUCUGGAGAUGCUUCAGAUCAUUCAGGAAGUCCUGAACAGCAGUUGGAUGAGAAAGACGCCCGCCGCUUCCAACUGAAAAUUGCCGAAUUAAGCGCGAUCAUCAGGAAGCUGGAAGAUCGAAAUGCCCUACUGUCAGAAGAAAGAAACGAACUGCUGAAACGCCUCCGAGAGGCUGAAAGUCAGUACAAACCCCUGCUGGAUAAAAACAAACGUCUCAGUCGGAAGAAUGAAGAUUUAUCCCAUUCUUUACGUCGAAUGGAAAAUAAAUUAAAGUUUAUUCAACAGGAAAACAUAGAGAUGAGACAAAGAGUUGGAGCCAUCAGAAGGCCGAGUUCCUUGAACGAUCUUGACCAGAAUCAAGAAGAAAGGGAAGUUGAAUUUUUGAAACUUCAAAUCGUGGAACAGCAGAAUUUCAUCGAUGAGCUCUCCAAGACCCUUGAAACCGCUGGCUACGUAAAGAGUGUAUUGGAACGUGAUAAGCUUUUACGGUACAGGAAACAGAGAAAGAAAAUGGCAAAGCUCCCCAAGAAGCCGGUGGUGGAGACAUUCUUUGGUUACGACGAUGAAGUUUCCUUGGAAUCUGACGGUUCUUCAAUAUCCUAUCAGACAGACCGAACAGAUCAAACCCCAUGCACUCCUGAGGAAGACCUGGAAGAGGGAAUGGCCAGAGAAGAAACAGAGCUGCGAUUUCGACAAUUAACCAUGGAAUACCAGGCUUUGCAGCGAGCGUAUGCUUUGUUGCAGGAGCAGGUCGGAGGAACGUUGGAUGCAGAACGAGAAGUUAAGACUCGUGAGCAGCUACAAGCAGAAGUCCAUAGAUCCCAAACCCGGAUCGAAGACUUGGAAAAAGCCCUUGCUGAACAGGGGCAGGAUAUGAAGUGGAUUGAAGAAAAGCAAGCCUUAUAUAAACGAAAUCAGGAGCUGGUAGAAAAGAUCAAACAGAUGGAAAUUGAAGAGGCUCGAUUAAAGCAUGAUGUCCAGGACGUCAAAGAUCAGAAUGAACUUUUGGAGUUCCGGAUAUUAGAACUUGAGGAGAGGGAGCGGAAAUCCCCCGCCAUGAAUUUCCACCACAUCCCAUUUAUAGAGGGAAAGAGUCCAUUGCAGGUGUAUUGUGAGGCAGAAGGUGUCACCGAUAUUCUAGUAGCAGAGUUGAUGAAGAAACUGGACAUUUUGGGGGAUAACGCCGUAAGUAAUCUGACCAACGAGGAGCAAGUGGUAGUCAUCCAGGCCAGGACCGUCCUCACCUUGGCCGAGAAGUGGCUCCAACAGAUUGAGGUGACCGAGUCGGCCCUGCAGCAGAAGAUGAUGCAUCUGGAGAACGAGAAGGAGCUGUUCAUCAAGCAGAAGGGCUACUUGGACGAGGAGUUGGACUACCGGAAGCAGGCAUUAGACCAGGCCCACAUGCAAAUCCUGGAGCUGGAAGCCAUGCUAUAUGAUGCUCUGCAGCAGGAAGCAGGAGCCAAGAUGACGGAAAUCCUCUCCGAGGCUGAGCGGGAGAAGCUGCAGCUGGCCGUGGACCAGUGGAAGAGGCAGAUGAUGAGUGAGCUGCGGGAGCGGGACGCCCAGAUCUUGCGAGAGAGGAUGGAGUUCAUCCAGCACGCUCAGCAGAGAAUUAAAGAGUUAGAAGAAAGAAUUGAAGCUCAAAAGAGGCAAAUAAAGGAACUGGAAGAAAAGCCCUCAAAAGAAGCCAGGAAUCCUUUCCCUAUUACUAGACCAGACCGCAGUGGUUAUAAGAAGACAACUCAUCGUGAUUUCAAGACGUCGAAUCUAUAUUUUGUCCCUGAAAACAGAGGAAGAUUGAUUUUCUGUCACCCCUGGACCAGAGAAAAGGAGAGAAAAAGAGGUGGAUUCAAAUACGUGCAGUUUUCUCCAGUACCUCCUUCUCAAGUGACUGUACACGUUUAAGAAGCCCGAAUUAGGAGUAUCAAAGAAGAAAAGCAAAUAAAAAACUACCUAGUUUUACUUCUGAAGGCAUCGCCAAAAGAAACGUGGCGUCUGCUGCUUGUAACAACCGUCAGUUUUACACGAAAAGCUGAAUACUAAUUCUGGUUGAGAGAAUACAUUUCAGUUCCCUGCUGAGCAGGGAGUAGGGCUGCUUCUGUCAAGAAGUGAUCAUAUCCGGUUUAAUAGACCUCCCACCCCCAUGCUUUGCACAGAAUUAUUUCAACCUGCGUCUUGAAAGACGAUUUUAAAAAUUCAAACCUGGAGACUUGGGCCUGGGUGCAGCAGGCAAACGGAGCACUGAUUUCGGUCGAGAAAUGAACCGUGCGUACUGCGUCCCCCUGGGUAUCUUACGCCCCAAACAAUGGCGUGAAAUCUGAGCACCUAGAAGGUUUUUAUCCCAUUUUCAAUUUCAGGUUAUCAGGUGCCAUUUUCAACCCACGAUGGACGGUGCCCCCGAGGGAGGAGAUUGGUGCUAUCUGCGAUACUCCCCACCUGAAAUGCGCAGCUUGUAUUCACACCACGGCACGAGGUCGGACCCCUCCCCAGAACCCCAACAUUCAGAGGGCUGGAGAGGAAAAACCAAGGAAAUAAAUGGAGGACAACCCCAUGGCCCUUACAUCCAUAUCCAUAAUUCAAUUAUUUCUGUUAACAUCUGUCUCCCCCUCUAGACCAUCAGCCUGUGG